AUGAAUAUGAAAGUAACCGAUAUUAAUGACUGUAAAACACUGUAUUAUAAGUGUGAUGAAUGUGAUUCAAAAAUACUUUUAUUUGAUUUAAUUGGACUUAACUUUAAAAUGGACAUUUGUGAAUUAUUAAAGAAAACAUUUAUUUUUACAGGAAUCGAUCAUAAAAGAAAUGAAUUCUUUGAUCUAGAAAAAAGUGAGGAGAUUGAAUUUGUUUUAAAAUCAAAAGAGCUUGAGUUUUUAUGGAAUAUGUUAUCAAUUAUAGUAGGUAACAUUUACGAUGAAAAUUAUACUAAAUUAGGCGGUGAUGAUAUUAAAGUACAGGUAGUAGAUGCGCCGUUCUUUAAAUAA